CCCUUUUGCCCCCCCCCGAAAAGGCAACCCCACGUCCAGAAGUAGCCCCAUUUUCCCGUCUCUCGCAUACACACUCUGUAUCUUGAAAGCAGUACGAUACGUAGAUUGGUAGCAGUAACCUCUCGCCACUUCCUGAGGGACGACAUACGUUCAACUGCAAAACAGCAAUGCCCACCCCUCUCAUCUUAUCCUCAGCCGGAGUGGCGGCCGGUGCAGCAAUGGUUGCAGUAUACCAUAGACGCCAGAGUUUUUCCAGCCAACAGCAAACCUCUCAGAGCGACGCAAGCUCAACCUCACAACCAGCCGACUCAAAAGCCACCAUCAAACCCUUACCGAUACCAAACGCCCGCUCCCCAUUCUCAUUCGGGACCCACUCAACGACGCCGCCACGGUCAAUGUCCAUCUCAUCCUCGUUAUCCUCAAACCACUCCUACCUGCCAGACUCACCUCCUUCACUCUCCGGAUCUGUACCGUCUGGACAGCCUUUACCGACGCCACCACCUUCCUCUUCCUUCCUCUCAUCGUCUCCACUGGCCUCGCUUGCCCUCUUGGCGAAAAGCGCACCUGUCGGUGGCGGUGGCGGCGGCACGGGGACGGCGGGCGCCUGGGGUGGGCGGAUACCUGGUAGCGGCAGGAGAGACACCGUAGACAAUCCUCGUCCUGGGAAAGAUAUCAGGGAGGAGGAGGAACUGGGCUCGGGAAGUAGGCAGUGUGUAGGUCUGGGGAGCGAGCUUGGCGCGAGCGGGGAUGUGAAGGUGCGGUCGCAUAGCUUCUCUGGUGUCGUUGACCAGGCGCCAGCUGCGGUGAUCGGUCCUGGGAUGGCUGCGACGGAAGGCACCAGGUUUGCGAUGGCAAAGGGAGGCUCGAACAUCAAGGGCCCUGACACAGCGAAUGCAGAGUUCUGGAAGGAGACAUUCUUCUGAUCAUUCCCUUUGGGGUUUUAGUCAGAUCGUAGUACUAGCACGACCUCAUUUUUCAGUUUUUUGGUGCUUCUCAUGUCAGGAGUUUCAUAAUGGGUUUCCGUUUUCGUUCAGAACGAGAGGCCUCGUUUCCACACCGAUUUUCACUUCCAUUUCUUCGUGUAUAUAAUGCUUUUUCUCUUGAGCCAUGCUCAUCGUAUCUUGUCAAUAAUAUCUGGUAAAGACUUGCUUGCAGACA